AAGAAGAAAGCCAUGGUAGGGUGGAGCUGAGACCCCGGUUUGGUUUCGGGGAUCAGGGCUACGUAGGGCCAAUGGCCACAGGCAGCCCCAGCACAGGGAGGGUUAAGCAUCCUCCAGGUUCCCACCCUGCUCUGGGCCCCUCCCUUGUGUUUACGUCCUCCCAAAAAUAUUCUGCCUCCAGCUGGCCUCCUUCUGUGUCCUGCCCCUCCCCCUUGAGUUAGCCUUGGGGGCCCGAGGGGGUGCCAGGGCCAGGGCUCCCAGGACUACGAGGGAGCCAGCAGGCUCGGGCGUGCUGGGGCAGAAGCGGACCUGGAGAGGCUGAGCUGCAGGGCCCGGGCUGGUGGCUCCCCUGGCUGAACACACUCUCUGCAAGGCCAGGGUGACAGAGGUGAAGCCAUGUGGCAGCUGCUGAUCCCCGUGGCCCUGUGGCUGGGCAUGGUGGGCCUGGGCAGAGCGGAGCUCACGGCGGCCCAGCAGCGGGGCCUGCAGGUGGCCCUGGAAGAAUUCCACAAGCACCCGCCUGUUCAGUGGGCCUUCAAGGAGAUUGGCGUGGACAGUGCCACAGACACGCUCUUCCCUGCAGGGACCUUUGUGAGGCUGGAAUUUAAGCUCCAGCAGACGAGCUGCCGGAAGAAAGACUGGAAAAAAGCUGAGUGCAAAGUCAAGCCCAAUGGGAGGAAGCGGAAAUGCCUGGCCUGCAUCAAGCUGAACUCUGCAGACAAAGUCCUAGGCCGGAUGGUCCACUGCCCCAUACUCACGCAGGUCCAACGGGAGCCUGAGGAACAGCACGAGGGGCAGUGCAGCAGGGUGGAGCGUGCAGGAGAGGACCCCCACAGCUACUACUUCCCGGGACAAUUUGCCUUCUUCAAGGCCCUGCCCCCCAGCUGAGGCCUGCUGAAUUUUGUCCCGCUUCCCGGACAGCAGGAGGUAACCAGUGAAAGACCCACCUCCCAUCCCCGUGCCCAGGGAGGACAAUCCCAUUAUCCCCGAGCUAAUAAAACCGCUCUCCCAGA